GCGUGAUUAGCCAAUGGCAAGGAGAGUCUAAGGAGCGUGUCAUCUCGCUCGUCCUCACCCACCUCCCGUUGCUCAAACCAGGCAACGUCGAAGCCAAGGGCGAGUACAUGCGCCUGCUGCCACGCAUCCUGGCCCACACCAUCGAGCAUGGCCGCCACCUGGAGGAGUCCCGCCAGCUCCUGUCCUACGCCCUCAUCCACCCCGCCACCUCCCUGGAGGACCGCUCAGCCCUGGCACUGUGGCUCAACCACCUGGAGGAGAGGGCCGCUGCCCGGGGAGACUCACUGGAAAGGCCUCCACCUUCGGGACCACACCACCACCACCACCAGUCCACGCCACCAUCCACCCUCUCAUCAACAGGAUCCUCCUCCUCCACCAACACCUCUUCAUCAGGCAACCUCUACUCCUCCUUGCAUCACCACCAGCGCUACGGCUCGGACGACCGCCUCAACGGCUGGCAGAGCUCCAGGGAUUCAGGGCUGGGCGGAGGCUGGCAUCAGCAGCAGCAGGGCUGUGAGAACGGGCACCUCCUUCUUUACCCAUCAUCCUCUGUGCCCACAACCAUCAACACAGUUGGAACUGGUGGAGGCGGUACCACUGUCCUGACGAGUGGAGGUGGCAGCCAGCAGCACAGUCCCCUGAAGCGCUCCGUGUCCCUCACCCCUCCCAUGAGCGGCCCCAGCAACCAGCCUCUGGGUCACGUCUGGCUGUCCCAAGAGGACCUACGUUCUGCCCGAGGCCCCGCCCCAGACCACGCACCUCUCUCCCCCCAGAGCAGCAUCGCCUCCUCUGGCAGUGGGGGCAGUGAGCAUCUGGAGGAGGCUGGUUUAGGAGGUUCAGGUCUGCAUCGCAGUUCCUUCCACGAUGAGGGCAGCGGCAUGAGGGAUGUUCCUGCGUGGCUGAAGAGUCUCCGUCUCCAUAAGUACGCCGCUCUCUUCUCCACGAUGACCUACGAUGAGAUGAUGUCACUGACCGAAGAGCAACUUGAGGCACAGAAGGUCACUAAAGGAGCAAGGCACAAGAUUGUUAUCAGCAUUCUGAAGCUCAAAGACAGACAGAAUCUACUUCGCAGCUUGGAAAAGGAUGUGUUGGAGGGCAGUAAUCUGCGCUCGCCCCUACAGGAACUCCAUCAGAUGAUCAUGACGCCUAUCAAGGCUUUCAAUGGUGGCGAGGAGGCCUCUAUGCAGCGGGCCCUGCUGAGCUCCGAAAGCAAGAGCGCAGCGCCGGGCUCCCACCUGACGGGGGUUGGGGGAGCCGGAGGGGAGGCUGAGUCGAGCACAAGCGUCAUCGCUGAGGGGGAUCUACCCGGCCAGUUCACCCGUGUCAUGGGCAAAGUUUGUACCCAACUACUGGUGUCGAGGUCAGACGAGGACAACAUCAGCUCCUACCUACAACUCAUCGACAAGUGCCUUAUACAUGAGUCCUUCACUGAGACGCAGAAGAAGAGGCUGUUGUCAUGGAAACAACAGGUCCAGAGGCUGUUCCGGUCCAUUCCAAGGAAAACUCUCCUCGACAUCGCAGGGUACCGAACGCAGAGGAGCCGGUUCGGCCAGUCUAACUCUCUCCCCACCGCUGGCUGUGUUGGGGGCAGCGUGUCGGCCCGGAGGAGCCUCCGUCAGUUCCAGAUGCCCUCCAGGAGCUUGCCGGGUGCCAGGCUGGGCCUGCUGGGCAGCAGUGGGCUGCUGGGACCCACACCCCGCAGCUCCAGCAGCACACCCACCGGUCCCAAGCAGGGCAGACAGGGUCUGUGGUUCGCCAACCCCGGGGGAAGCAACAGCAUGCCGAGCCGGACUCACAGCUCCGUGCAGAGGACGCGCUCGCUGCCCGUUCACACCUCCCCACAAACCAUGGUCAUGUUCCAACAAUCCG